AUGGCCUCCACUGCUUGCCAUUCCAAUGGCAAAGUAAACGGCAUGGUUGCUCACAAUAACACAAGUCGAACCCACCACCAAGAGCCAGACCACGAAGAAAAUAAGUCCAGUCCACUGUCGGACAAUGGACGGCGGCAUCAGCACUCGAAUAGCGAUGAGGAAUUCGAUUCCGACAUGUUGCGAGAAGAACAACAACUUGCUCGUAUUCAGUUCCAGAUCAGACAGGAAGUGAAUGGUGAGAAGUAA